CGGAAAGGUUUAUAGACACAAUGCUCCUCCUCCUUCAGUCUUCCUUUCCUCAGGUGAAUUGAAAGUGCAUUGUGUAAUCCUGAAGUGAGCACCUGUGCAACAAAGGCGCGGUGAGCAUGAUGCUGAGAGAAGUGAGUAGAAAAUGAUUUGUAUUAUGCAAAUGGAGAUUCGGGAUUGUUAUGAAAACAAUCGUGUUAAUCUCUCUCCGUGGUCGCUGGAGAGCAGUGAGCCUCGGUUCAGCUUUGUCAUCGUGCUGCCGGAGAGUAACGAGGAAUUUAGCAAACAGUCCAGUUUGCAGGUUAGAUUUUAAUACCUGAAUCUGAGCUGCUCAUGCCUCACUCUUCUUUCACAACUUUCAAAUUGUCGUUUAGAGUGCCACAGUGACUGCUGGAAGGGGAAUCAGUAGCAUCAAUCUUCUUCUUAAUAUGCUGUAGUAUAAGUAGUAGUAUUGUUAAACACAAGCAACGAGCCGCAAAACUGCAAAAGCUUCUCAGAUCAUCUCAUCAAUCAGUUUUCUACUUAACCAGAGUGCAGUAAAAGUCAGACUCUGCAGAGCAGGAUGUCCAAAGAAGACGUCGAAUCUGGCCUCACAUGGGAGGUGAAGGCAAACAGCCGUCACUAUCACAAACACAAACAGAGGAAAUCUUUCCUGUGCUUCACCUGGGGACGAUACUCAGACAAUGUGGUGCGCAGCCACAAGUACUCCCUGCUGACGUUCCUGCCCCUGACGCUGUUUGAGCAGUUCCAGCGAGCUGCUAAUAUCUACUUCCUCCUCAUGGUGGUGUUGCAGUGUGUCCCUGCCAUCUCCUCCAUACCUUGGUACAUCACCAUCAUCCCGCUCUUGGUUGUGCUCUCUGUGAGAGGACUCAAAGAUUUAGCCAGUGACAUGGCAAGGCGACGCUGCGACUCGGAGAUUAACUCCCGACCCUGUGACGUACUCGUCUCCCAGAGUUUCAUGACAGCCCAGUGGAAAGAUGUGUGUGUUGGAGAUCUGUUGAGGAUCCGCAGAGACCAAAUCAUUCCUGCUGAUCUUCUUCUGCUCUCCAGUUCUGAGCCUCAUAGCUUGUGUUAUGUGGAGACUGCUGAUAUUGACGGCGAGACCAACCUUAAAUACCGUCAGGCGCUGGGCGCAACACAUAAUGAGCUGACCUCUCACCCUUCAGAGGAGGCCCUUGGAGCCUUUAAUGGCGUUGUGCUCUGCGAGGAACCCAACAAUCGCCUGUACACUUUCAGAGGUCAACUACAAUGGCAAGGAGAGUGCUUCCUCCUGGAAAACGAACAUGUCCUCCUUAGGGGAACAGUCCUACGCAACACAGACUUUGCCUACGGCCUGACGAUAUACACCGGCGCAGACACAAAAAUCCUGAGAAACUGCGGGAAACUGAGAGCAAAAAGAACUCAGCUGGAGGAAGUUUUCAACAAAGUGGUAAUCGGGAUUGUCCUGUCGGUUCUGCUGGCUGCUCUGCUCCUUGCCAUCGGUGCAGGUGUGUCUUCAUAUCAGGUCAUGACCCAAACAUCGUUCCUGUCUGCUCUGGUGGUCGACGGCAACCCAGCUUACAAUGGAUUCCUCGUCUACUGGAGUUACAUAAUCCUUCUCAGCCCGGCCAUGCCCAUUGCGCUCUACAUCACGUUUGAGGUGAUACACACAAUUCACAGCAAGUUUAUUGGCUGGGAUUUGGAGAUGUACUGGAAACAGACAGACAAACCUGCAGAAGCCAGGAAUACCUCUCUGAGUGAGGAGCUCGGCCAAGUAGGUUACCUGCUGAGUGACAAAACUGGCACAUUGACCCAGAACCGUCUGCUCCUCAGACAAUGCUGCAUCGCCGGACAAAUCUACGGUGACGCCUCAGUCAGAGCAGAGGAUGUAAAGCCCAUGGAUCUGAGCUGGAACCCGUUCUCCAGCGGUGGCCUGCGCAUGUUCUCACCCACACUAGUAGAGACGCUCAGAGGACAGCGGUGUCCAGUCACCACACAGUUUCUGUCUGCGCUGGCUCUGUGUCACACCGUCAUGGCCGAGUGGAAGGAAGGAUCCCCGGUUUACCAGGCUGCAUCACCAGAUGAAGAAACUCUUGUUGGGGCUGCCAGGGAGCUUGGCUGGGUGUUUCUUUCCAGAACAAGAGAUUUUGUUGUCGUUUCAGAGCUGGGUGCCACUCGCCAGUACCAGCUGCUGGCACUGUUGGACUUCACCAGCAAAAGGAGGCGAAUGUCUGUCCUAGUACGUGACCCAGAGGGUGGGUUGAAACUUUACUGUAAAGGAGCGGAUGUAGUAAUACUGGAGAGACUACAGAAGAACUGUCCACAUCAGGAAAGCACUGAAAUGGCAUUAGAGCUGUUUGCUGAGGCCUGUCUGAGGACGCUGUGUAUUGCGGUUCGAUCUGUUCCUGAGGCAUUGUGGGAGCGGUGGAGUGAGACUUUGGCCCUGUCUGCUGCCAUGGCGACCUGCGAGCGUGACACCCUGCUGGAGAAGCUGUACGAUGAGAUGGAGAGAGAUCUGCUGCUUCUGGGGGUGACGGCAAUUGAGGACCGGCUCCAGGAGGGAGUUCCUGAGACAAUCGCACUUCUUCAAGAGGCUGGGAUUAGAGUAUGGGUGCUGACUGGAGACAAAAAAGAAACCGCAGUGAACAUCGGGUACGCUUGCAGGCUGCUGCACCCUGAAAGCAGAUUACUGGAGUGGCAGGAACUCAGGCAGAUACUCCAGUCUGCAGACCCACAGGUCAGCUUCUUCAAAGCCAAGCAGACAGAGCUGUGGGCUACACACAAGGAGAUGGCAAGAGCAAAAACUUCUGUGGUCCUCACCGGAUCUGAACUGGCAGAGUUUGAGGAGAGACCAGAGUGGGGGGCCUCCUUCAUGAGCCUGGCGGAGCAGUGUCAGUCAGUGCUGUGCUGCAGAGUGACGCCUGCUCAGAAAGCUGAGAUCGUGAAGUUGGUUAGGAAGCACACCGCCUCCAUCACCAUGUCGAUUGGUGAUGGAGCCAAUGAUGUUAACAUGAUCAAGACGGCUCACAUAGGAGUGGGGCUGGCUGGCCGGGAGGGAGGUCAGGCCGUCCACAACGCAGACUUUGCUGUGUCCCAGUUUAGAUUUUUGCAAAGGCUGCUGCUGGUCCACGGUCGCUGGUCCUAUCGCCGCAUCUCCCUCUUCCUGCGCUACUUCCUGUUUAAGACCUGUGGUUUUGCUCUUGUGCACAUUUGGUUUGGGAUCCUCAAUGGCUUCAGUGCUCAGUCUCUGUACGAGACGUGGUUCAUCGCUCUCUACACCGUCUUCUACACUGCAGUGCCGGUGAUGUGCAUGGCUUUCUUUGAACAGGAUGUGAGUGCAGAGAGCAGCCUGAAAUUCCCUGAACUGUACAAGAGUGGGCAGAAGAAGGAGCUCUCCAGCCCUAGAAAGCUGGUCACGUAUCUUCUGUAUGCUGUCUACAUGUCUCUUGUUCUCUUUUUCAUCCCAUGUGGAGUUUUCUACAACACGGCCUAUGACUACCAGACCAUGGCGGUCACUGUCUCGAUGGCUGCGACGUUCGCUGUUACAGUUGAGAUUGUGAUACUAACCAAAUACUGGACAAAGUUCAACAUUGCAGCUCUGUGCGUCUCGGUGGUUAUGUUCUUCAUCUGUACCAGAAUCACACACAGCACUCGCCUUUUUCAGAGCUCGCCCGUCGACUAUUUCUUCCUUGGUGUGUCUGAAAAGGCCUUCAUUGAUCCAGUGGUGUGGCUCACAGCUUUGCUCACAGCUUGGACCGCUGUUCUGCCCUCGGUUACGUUUCACGCCUUCAAUGUCAUUCUCAGUGUGCACAACAAACACAAGAUACAUAACUCAUCCCCUCCUCCAGUGGAGCUGACGUCCAGGUUCGCAAGAGGGUCAUCACUCCGUCGGUCAUCGUACGCCAUCUCUCAGGGGGCCGGACCGGGACGCCUCAUUCAUUCAGCGACAAGCAUCCAGAGAGCAGAGGCGUUAAAGGAAGAGAAAGUAUCUACAAGUAAAAAGCUACGUGAUAUUUGAGGUCAAAGUCUAAGCAAUGCUUCUGCGUGGUGGUGUGCCAAAGUGAUUUCAGACUUUCUAUUUCUGAGUCAGAGUAGACGCAACGUGAGAUAAGAAGUUGAAUGCGGUGCCCCUCAGAGGGACUGGGAACUUUGUAUGUGUCACAGAAGAUCCGAUGCAGGCUUUGCAGGUGAACGGAUGUGGAACCCUGAAUAACUUUUCAGUCAGGUUUAUUUAUAAUUGAUUAGUGAUCAGUCCAGUCUGCAUUCACUCUACUGAAGCACGGACGAUUUGUUGCAGAGCUGUGGAUAAUAAGUCUUGUAGUAGAGUGCUGGUCAUUCCUUCGCCAUUUUGUAUCUUUAAAGUUUUUUUAUUUUAUUUUUCAUGACCUUUUCUGCUACACAAUGGAGCUGCCAAUCGCAAAGACCUCACUUACUGAACGUGCAUCAAUUCGUACCUGCUGGGGUUGACAACUAAUGGCUGAAAGUUGCUGGAUGUCACUUACAGUUAUUCUGAUUUGAUUAGGAGUUAUAUUCCGCCAUAUGUUAGCAGAGUAAACUGACCUGAUCGUGGAUCAGAACCAAAAGUUAAAGGGAAUAGGAUGCAAUACAUCUUCAGUUGGUAAUACAACAUUAAAUAAAAUCCUACACACUAUUUUUAUUACAGUUUAUUUCUAUAAUUUAUGAAAAUACUUAACUACAACAAAAAAAAUAUAUAGGCUAUGAUAGCCAUAGGCUAUGGCUUGUUUGCAGGUACAAAAUGAAAAUGGGAAUGGAUUAAAUUGUGUGUAUAGAUAAGAAAUCAGAGUAGAAAUUGGCAAAAAGGCGAAGUGACCGGGAACCAUUGCUGUAGCUCCUCUGCCUGGUUUGUUUGUGUUUAUAAAGAUUAAUUUAAAGUCAGAUUAGCUAAAAUGAUUCCAUUGUUUCUGCAUGAGUAGUUAGUAAUAGUUCUAAAGUUUUAUUGGAAAACCAUAAUAUUAAUUGUCUCUGCAUAUACAACUAAAUCUCUGUAUUUUAGAAGGGAGUAUAUGGCAUUUUAGUAUAGUUCAUUUGGCCCUGUUUUACUAAUAAAACUAUUACAGAAAACGUAUUUACUUGUCUUUCAAUCAAUCCACACGCAAUAAAUCAACAGCCCCACUUUGUUUUACAAUUGUUUUAUUUGUUAAUUUAUUUCAAAACACGCAAUUUACCCAUAUUAUCCUUUUUACGAUUUUUUUUAUUUUUCUGUAACAGUUAUUACUCAGGUUUUUUUACCUUCUCAAGAGUCUCAGCUAGAGUGAAACUAAAAGUCCUCCACAGGCUCUCCGGCUUCUGCAGUGGGAGGAGGAUGGGAGAGAGGCUUUCUGGUCAGACGCGAGUGGGUCGCUUCCCCGUUUUUCUACGCGAGCGGGAUGUGUGUUUGUGUCCGUGUCAGACCAGGCUAUGGGUGUCUACAUGUGUGCGUUUAAGUGCAAGAUGUGGAAUGUCCCACAUGGUCGGGUAAAUCACAAGACCCGUAGAGCAGCCCAGAAAGAUGAGUAUUGUCUUCCAGGUUUGGCAGCCAGAUUGUCACACCUUUGAUUUCAUCUUUGGUUUCAGAAAAUGAAAGAAAAAGAAAACGCUCUCAAAGGGGCAGAUUCACCCUCUGCAGCAUGUGCCUAUGUCUGUGUAUCUGUAAGUCUGUCCGAGUGCAGUACAAGCCACCGUCUCUCCAGACGACUUUGUAAACUCGAGUAGGAACAAUGUUAAGUGUCUUUGCAUUGAUUGUGGCCCUUCCUUGGCGCUGGGGGACAAAGACAGUCAAACAUUGUGGGGCAGCGGAGCCAUGACGAGUGGAAGGGAGAGGGGGCUGGGGGAGGAGAAGGGUCAACUUGCAAACAUCAGCACGGGGCUCCAUUUUGGCACCAGUGGCAGUUUGGGGCUUUUGUAGUGAAAAUAAGGGGGCUGCAGUGCCGCUUCAUCCCUGGCCACUCAGGGCUAAAACUAGCUGAGCGAUUGGUGCUGCUUCACCCUCGUUCAGCUCAUGAGACGGGCGGGAUGAACAGAGGUGAAAGGUCAAACGGUGAGUGCUAAAAUGCAGAGUAGGGGGUGGCCGGGGUUUGAGGGUUAUACACUCUGACCCAGCAGCAACGAUUAAGAUUGGGGAGGGUCAGGUGUUUGCAUAGUUCUUUGUGCAAAAGCCACCAACCGGAGCCAUUUUUAUUUCCUCGCGGCUGGCUACAUCGUCAUUAGAUCAGCGGGAGUCGGGCGGUGGGUGAUGGGAAGCAUGGUCUUUGCACCGCAGCUCUCUGUUUUUUUUGUACUCCUCCAUAGAGGCAGGAGAUGAGGCAGAGCGAAGAGCGAGAGAGGGUGAAGAAGUGAGAGUUUUGCCAACAAUGGGGUGGAAGAUGACUAUAUCUGAGUGAGUGGGGGGGGCCGGGGACGAGAGGGGGCAGUCGUUUGGCAGUCGCACACUGCAGUUCGCCACGAUCCAGAGAGCCUCCUCUCCCGUGAUUUUUGCUCUCCUAUCCUCCCCUUCCUCCUUCCCACUGGCCUGCCCUCUCUCUACCUUUUUUCUUGUUUUGAAACUGAUUGUCUUCUACCAUCACAAAGACACUUGGUUCUGAUUGAUUAACAGGUAACAGAAGAGGGAGAGCACAGUGUGACUGGGGGUGUCUCUACAUCGGCCCCGCCACGGCAACCCGUCGAGUCCGGUCGCGAGACAUCGCCCCACGCGACAUGCUGUUUGACAGCAAAACGCGGGAAACGCUCCGGGCCGGCCGCCGGGUUGCCACGUGGUUCCGCUGUCGGUUGGUCAGUCAAUCGGCAAGAAAUGGUUUGAGAUUUUUGCAUGACAAAUAUUGCAACCCAUAGCAAUGGAACGUAAAAUAGAAAAAAAAAAGAGAGAAAAAAACACCGUCUUCCACAAAGGUACAAAUGAACACAUAUACACAGAUUGAAGAAAAAGCAUGUAGACAAAACAUACAGGCAUAUUCAAGGCCGGCUCUGAUCGGCGUGUGUCCCUCUGAUUAACUCCAAGUAAACAGCCAGUCUUUGGAAAAGCAGGACACACAUUCCGAGACCCGAGUGUGGACCACGAGCUGAGGAAUGAAGAUUGAAUGCUAUUGAUUAGGGAGGAGACAAGUUUACCUCCCCCAGCACACACUGCCCCCUACUGUCUGGAUUUAUAUACAUCAAAGAAACAUUGGGGGGGAAGGGGGGGAAGGGUUGCAACAACACAUGCACACAACCAGUGAAUCCAACAGUGACGGAAAGUCUAAAAACAACAACCCCUCCAACGCCUAAAACCCAAAUACCUCCCCACCCUAUUUUUUUUUUUCUGGCAUUUAUUUUGAUAACCAAAAUAUUCCCCCACCCCGUCUCCGCCCACUCCAAAGUCUUCCUAUCCUCUUCCUCUCCCCACAAAAUCACAGGUCAUUCCUGUUGGUUUCUAUACAGUUAUACAAUAUCCAUGCACAAAAGAAAAGAAAAAAAAGUCCACCUUCUUCUCAACAGGAGGCGCUGGUCUUUAAUUAUCUAAGAACAUCAGGAGCACUUGAACACACCCAGGAACCUUUAAAAGUAACGAUUUUAUCUUUUUUUUUUCCUUUUUUUGUAUUUCUUUUUUCCUCAGAGAAAAGACAACUAAAAGGCAGAAGAAAGCUAACAAUGGAUGUAAGGUUAUUCCUCCUUUGGUUUAGCAUCAAAUUUUUGGUUUAUAAUUCAGUUCAAAUGUCUGUUUUAUUUCUUUGAAUGUAGCCGUCUGGGAGAGAGCUUGGAACUACAGUGCCUUGCAAAAGUAUUCACACCUCCUGAACUUCAACUUCAAUGCAUUUAAUCUGGAUUGUAUUUGAUAAAAUGAACCAAACAACUGAGAAGUGGAAUUUGCAACACAAUACUUACAAGUGUUGUGUCAGUCCCCAUUGCUUUGACACCCUUAAAAUAAAUUAAUUGCAACACAAGGUCUCCUAGUUACUAAAUAUAGAGUCCACCUGUGUGUGUUUUAAAUUGGGUAUGAAACCAGCCAUUCUUUGAAGGCCUCAGGAAUUUUCUAGAGAACAUCAAUCAACAAACGGGUCUGGAUGUAGCUGAACCAGGUUUAGAUUAUAAGAAAUUUUCAAUCCAUAUUGUGAAAAUGGAAAGAGUGUGGUACCACUGCAGACCUCCUAAGACAUGGCCUUCUAUCUUAGCCGAGUGGGCAGGCAGAAAGCAUUUCUAAGACAAGCUGGCAACUGAACUUUCUGGCCAACACUCAGAAUUGUACGUAGGGCAGAAAAAAAAUUCUGUUUUCCUUCAACAGGAACAGGAAAGCUGGUCAAAGUUGAAGAGAAAAUGAAUGAAGGAAGAAAAAAACGGGUGUAAAUCCUAAAGGAUGGCAAAGGAAUUGAGACUGCAUGGUGCAGAACAACAAAUUGAAAUGCAUAACAAAAGCUACAGUGGAAAACUUUAGGUCAAACAAUAAUCAUUUAGCCAAAUUAGCCGAGAUGCAAUUGCUUUUCAUUGACAUUCUUUAUCCAAGCUGACUGAACUUGAGCUAUUUCGCAAAGAAUCAUGGGCAAAAAUUAUUCUUUCUUUUUAUAGAAUUAAAAAGUAUUCACUUAGAGGUAUUGAAUUUAUAUGCCACACUUUUCAGAUUAUUUGUUAUAAAAGAUCCACUUCCUCCAAAUAAAAAGCAUUAAAGUUUGUUGUAACAUCACAAAUCGUGAAAACGCUCAAGGUGCAUGAAUACGUUUGCAAGCCACCGUGAGGCUCUCGCGCUUCUUCUCUCUCUAUCCUGGCCUUUGCUUUUGUCUUUUCUUUUUCUCAGCUAGUCCUCCACAGAAACAUUCACAAUGUCUUUUCCUUUUAUGAAAACAGUAAGUACAUGCCGUAGCAAAAAACAAACCGAGAGAACGUACGAGAAAAAUAAGCAAACGGAUAAAAGGAAUUUUUUUUAACAGUAUAAAGCUUCAAGUCACAAGUUCGAAAACUAACUAUCAUAAGUAUCAUAGUUUCAUAAUCAUCGUUAUCAUUAGCAUUAUUAUUUUCAGCUUUAAAUUACAUAAAGUUUACAUGAAAGGUUUUUGAGGUAUUUCAGAAUUAAUUGUCAAACACAUGCCUACCGAGUCUUGGCACUAGCCAGGGGGAAGUGUUGUCUGGACGGACAAGGUGGAGGGAGGAAAGAGUUUUGAGUCUUCCACACUUUUCCAGUGCAGCCUCUGUGCUUGCACGCAGUGGACUGUUGGUCGCUUGAAAUGAAUGCAGAUGGUCCGAGCGCUUAAACCCGGCAGCCUCUUUUUAGGCCCCCUCUUUCUCUGUUACACAAAAAUAUCUCUGAUGCGAGAAGGCUAAAAACGGCCGAGAGCGUAAGCACGUCGGGCAGAAGAACGGGGGGAAUAAUGAAAGACUGGCGAGCUGAGAGAUGAUUAACAAUACAGCAACAAAGACUGAAAGAUUGAGGAGUAACACAUAGGUUUGUUUCAAAUAAAUGGUGUAGAGAAAAUGUUUUAUAGACUUACUACGUGAUAAAGUGCUUGUAUUCUAGUGUAUCAAGAUGGAAAGUCAAUAUGAGAGAAAAUGCUGACACAGCCCCCACUCUGUGUCCCUCUCUUUGCAACCGCCCCCCCCCUUCCACCUCCUCUCGCCUCUGUCCAUCCAAUUAUGGGUGCAUUGUCUGUGUGAGCGCAUGUUUGUGAGAGAGCGUGCAUGCAUCUGCGUGACUGCAUGUGUUUAAUGUAUGUGUGUUUUAUGUGUGUGUGUGUGUGACCAGUGCAGUCCCACCCGUGGUUGAAGGGAAAAGGCACUCAACUCUGUCUGCAAGGCGACCACCUCCUCCUAAGUGGCACGAUGCAGUCUGACUGCACUGUUAGAAACGAAUGUAAUGUGCGUCUACUUAUCAGUGUGUGGUGUUUUUUUUUUUUUCUCUUUCUCUCUCUUUUUCAUCUUUGUAGGACAAAAACAUCGGGAGGGAUUUCGGUUGAUUAAAAAUGUUUUUGGGCUGUGUCCCCCUAGGCAGUUUGCGACUGGUAGGCUGCAGUAUCUUUGGUAUUAGUGGCGGUUUCACAAACCACUCAGCUUAGUGAGGUAGCCACACUGGUUCUCACUACAAACAAAUGUCAUUUUGUCAGCCUCAUAACUAUAGAGCUGAGUCUAUCUAUCUAUCUAUGGUUACUGAAUUGUACUAGUCGAUUUUUAGCUCAUCUUCCUUUGGCGAUGUUGACUCGCUGCUUACAGCAGCAUGGUGUUUAGUCAGUGCCCCCUCCAUCUACUCCCCUAUAGUGACCAUUUGUUAUCUAAUCUGCACCGCUAAUCUGACUACAUUGUUGGAAAUGCUACAGUUGCAUCUUUAGACCACACAGAUAACUAUUAACCCGCCUCACCCGUCCCCCUCUGACAGAGCGAACCGAGUCAGCCGGGACGUUCGGGGGUCUUUUUUUGUGCCCC